AUGGCAUCGCUCGCCGGCCAGCGAUCAUCCUCGCUCGAUCGCCCUUCCCAGAGCAACAGGGGUGCCAGCAGUGGCAUUGCGACUGCGAUCGAAAACCUGUUUAUUGUUGGUCUCAUCCUGAGCCUGGCCUGGGUGGAUCCGAUCGGCGUUAACAGCAGCAGCAGCAGCAGCAGCAGCGUCGUGGCGGUGGUGAGUCAGAAUGGCACUCCGAUUUCUCCUCCUCCACCUCCAAGCAAUGCGUCCUGUCUGCUCGGCCACUGUCGCGUGUUCCAAUCAAGUCCAACAGAUGCAAUGACGACGACGACGACGACAUCGUUUGCGAGUGAUGACUCGCAGGCUGCCUGGUUUUAUGCAAACGGUCCCGCUCUUCGCACAGCAAUCACCAUUGUCGCGCUGUGGUUGGCGUUGCCGGCCAUCGCCACGCUGGUUGCAGUCAUCGCUGCGAGUCCACUUCGUCCAUGCCAUCCAGGCUUGCUGUGGAUCCAAAGGCUGCAUUCGCACUGCUAUCCGUCGUCGUCGUCGUCCAAAUCCGCGCUCCCGUUUCGCACCAACCCGGAUCAAGGCAUCGUUUCAGGGUGUGGUCUUCCUGUCGUCGUGAUUCUGGCGCUCAUUCGUCAGAUUCCAGACCACGAUAACAUUCAACUUGCACUUUUGCUGGAGACGCUCCUCGCGGCUCUGCUUUUGCCAGUUUUGUUGGCAGUACUCCUUCGGAUAGACCCGCAGAGCCCCAAUGCAAUGUACCUUGCAGUUGCCACUCCUAUCAUUGUUCAAACCAUUCUGACUGCAAACCAGCUGCCGUUGUUCUCCUUGCCCGUUGUGUGGAUGGCGAUCGGCACACUUGCACUUUCGCCGUUGCACGCCAGCUUUACAGUCGGCGAGGCAACCCUCGUCUUGUCCUUUGUUUCGUUUAUGGCCCACGACUGUUUAACAAAUACUGCUACACAGCUGAUACGCUGGGAAUUCUUAUUUGGAACACCGGCGGUUGCUGCGCGCCCGCGCUCGUCAAACUCUGCUCUGCAUCGAGUUUCUGCUGGUCAAGAGCCGUCAGCCAGACAAAUUACAACGACAGUGUCCUUUUUCGGCGUCGUUGUCGGCAUCAUACUCGUGAUCUACUUUCCUUGGCUGAGCUAUCUACUGGGCGAGAAUCCGUUCGCAUACGCUGUUGGGAUUGCCGCUGCGGCUCCUUCGAGGUUGUGGACGUGUGCGCUGUGGCUUGGAGCCAUCGGCGCCACAAUCUUCGUGCUCAACUACACGUCGGUCGGCUCGGGCCUCCCUGGCAUCAUUCAGCGCAAGUUUUUCCACUUUCUCGCCACGUCCAUGUUUCUCCCCGUCGCCCUCAUGGACGUGGAGUUUUUGCGACUCAGCAUUGCCAUUGCGCUGAGCGUUUUCAUUCUCUUUGAAAUGAUUCGGGCAGGGCGGGUUUGGCCCUUUGGGCAGGCGAUUCACGAAUUUAUGGAAAAGUUUGUGGAUGAACGCGACGCUGGCAACAUUGUCCUCACGCAUUCAUACCUGCUGCUUGGUUGCGCCCUUCCCAUUUGGUUUUCUGCUUGUCUGGAGCCUGCUUCUUCUACGACGAAUCUUCACAACGGCCCUCCUUCUGACGAGGCUUCGUUGGGCCACUUUUGGCGCGUGGUGAUGCCUGGCUUGGCGGGACUGGCUGCGCUGGGUGUUGGGGAUGCUAUGGCGUCGCUCGUAGGCGUGAAUUGGGGCCGAACGCGCUGGCCUGGCACCAGCAAAUCGGUAGUCGGCACGCUCGGCGGGGGUGUCGCCAUGUUUGUCCUCCUGCUUGGCGUUGUUCUGGUUUUCCCCGGCGGUGCAUCUUCUCUCACGCUUGCGCGUUUUGUCCAGCUGGCUCUCGGAUGCACCGCCACCGCUCUAUUUGAGACCUUCACCCAGCAGAUUGACAAUCUCGUGCUUCCGUUGUUCUCCUACGCCGUCUUGUCGGACGCCGAGCGUCGCUCUGCCUCUGCCGCAGUGUCUGAAGCAGUCGCAAGCGCAGCCACAGCCACGGCCACAGCCGCAGCGUCUGCGAGUGACGAUGCUCACGCUCGCGCUCGCUCACCGUCGUCGGCAUACACGUCACCGGCGUCCUCGUCGUUCCCCGGGUCACGGGCUGCCUCGCCCUCCGCACUGACGCCGCCGACUGCCAACAAGCAUCCAAACGCUACUACUACGGCCACUCCAGCCGCAGCGUCGAGCAGCAGCAGUGGUGGCAGCAGCAGCAGCAGCAGCAGCAGCGGUGCCAGCGCUUGGACGGAAGCACUCCUCUCGCUCGCGUUACUGGCAAUGGACUUUGUCACCGUCCCAACAACAACAGCAGCAGCAGCAACUAUCGACGAGACACAGCUGCAACGUACGACGACGACGAGCGAGGCCAGCAAGAGCCCGCUGGUCGUGGGCGCGCCCGUGUUUGCGCGGCUGGCGUUCGUCGCUGCCGCUCUGACGUGCUUCCUGGCAGUCGUGCCGCCGGGCUCGUUCCUGUCAGGCGUGUUCUGGGCAACGGUGACGAUUGUCUCGAUGCAGUGCGUGGCCGCGUGGAUGCUCAUCGUCCCGGGGAGCCUCAAGACGGACAUCCAUGCCAAGCAAUUGCGAUGGGUCGAGAUGUACACUGCACCGCUCGCAUCGUCAUCAUCAUCGUCGUCGUCGCCAGCAGCACAUCCAAGUACACUACAGCGGAGCGUUGCUGGGAAACACGGGCUGCGCGACGAUCCACCAGAGGAGCAUGCCCAGCGCCUGUUCGCCCCGCUGCGAUUGCGCCAGCGCGUUGCCGAGGCUGGACCUGCGUCGUCCAUCUUCUCGUCAUCUUCGGCGGCUGCACCGUUGCCGGCCCACUUGUUCAAGCAAAUCCAGGAGCGCAUCAAGGCUGCCACGGGCGAGCAGCUGAGCGAGAUCUUGUUCAAGCGGAAAGGCUGGCUGCACAUUGCCACCUCUCGCGAUCACGAACCGACGCAAACCUUUUCGCAAAUGAUGGCACUCCACCCGCGUCGCCCAAAGUACUGCGUCCUCAAGGGCACCAAUCUGUUCAUCUACACGUCCCAGGCCGCCUAUCGCGCCAAUGACUUUGAAUCGUCCAUUGAGCUUGUUCCAAGCACGACGGCCAGCACCGAGCAUGUCCAGGUCUCCUUUGUGCCCGCAGAGCUCGACGAGGAUCACCGCUGGUCGAAAAAGUAUCCGAUUCGUCUCCAGCUCGCUAGCAACAAUAGUCCUGCUCAUGUAAAGCUUGCAGCGAUCGCAAACGCACAAGGAGGCGCAGCUGGUAGCUUGCCAUCUUCUGGAACGGCAUCUCCUCGAAAGGGUGCUGCUGCUGCAGCUGCUGCUGCUGCUGCGACAAGCUCGUCGUUCAAGACACACUCUACAGAAGGAGGUCUGAUUCCCGCUUCGGCCUCGUCGGGCUCCUUGACUGGUGCGAACAGCAGCAGCAGCAACAACAGCAGCAGCAAUGGCCCAAGUGCAACCACCGUGUCCACGGCCGGCGUCUACUCUCGGUCGCUGUUUGCUGGCGAAAACACCGUCUACCUCUUUGCAGACUCGUGGAAGGAAAAGGAGUCGUGGUUUUACGCCCUCUACCGUGCCUCGCGUUUCGAGGACAAGGAGUUUGUCAACCGCGAAAACCUCCAAAUCGGCGAUUACGCCAACUACAUGCACAACCUACAGACGCUGGUUGAUUUGCCUCAGCAUACAGUCCAGGCCUCGUCCACUGCGACAAUCCCCGCACCCAGCACCGCAGCCCAAUCCACCGCGGCACCGCGAAUGCAUGCUCGAAAAUCCAGCGACUCUACUUCCGCCGCUGUGGCCGCCGCCCUUUCUCAUCCCGUCGCCUCGUCGCCAAUCAAAUCGACCUACUCUUCGUUUGUACAACCACCAUCGUCCAGCGGUGAUUUGGGCGCCUCUUCUGCAGCCGGAUCGGCCGCCGCUGCGUCGUCGUCAUCAUCAUCAUCUGCUGCUGCUGCAGCAUCUGGAACAGCGGCACCUGCAUCCAUCCCGCCUCAACUCGCAGGCGCGGGCGAUGCCAGCGCAAUCUGGUUUAAUGCGCUCUGGGGUCGACUCUACUGGGACAUGAAGUGCAGCGACCACGUCAACGGCUUGUUCCGAAAGCUCAUCCAGAAAAAGCUCGACAAGCUCGUCACCCCGUCAUUCAUGGGCCCAAUUCGAAUUGCCUCAAUCGAUCUGGGCGACGCGCCGCCGUUGAUUUCCUCAAUCACUUCGUGCUCGAUUUCGCAAGAAAGUGGCGUUGCCAUUUUUAUGGAUGUCGCAUAUCGUGGCGACUUUACAGCCACGCUCGAAACCAACGUCAAGAUUGAUCUCGAGACCAUGGGACCGUUUGCGUCCUCUACCGCAGCAGCCAAUCCCGCCGCAACCGCGUCCGCAUCCGCGUCUGCCAACGCGGAUUCCAAUCUCGCCCCGGCUACUGCUGGCAAACCAAAGGAGGAUACGAGCAUGCGCGCGCGUGUCAAAGCAAAGCUCGUUGAAUGGGCUGGAAACGUCUCAAGCACGCCACUCACGCUCACGCUGAACAUUACUUCCGGCAAAGGCAAGAUGGUUGUCCAUUUGGGGCCGCCCCCGACCGACCGUUUGUGGUGGGGCUUCGAGGCCAUGCCUGUGCUUGAAAUGACCGCCACGCCAAAGAUUGGUUCGCGUGCCAUCAAUCUGCCCGCCGUCACUGAAUGGAUUGCCGAUAAACUCAAGGAGGAGAUUCGCGACGCCAUGGUUCUUCCCGAGUUGAUUGAUUCUCACAUUCCCAUCAUGCACGAAAUCUGGGACUCGACAUGGCGGGUGCCAGGCCACAACCACCACCACCACCACAGCAACAACAACAGCAGUAGCAGCAGCACCAGCAACAGCAUCAACAGCAGCCGACCUCCCAAGCAUGCCAAUGUCGCGCGAAACGCGUCCGCUGACGCUGCCGGCACAACCACGCUUCCACCAGUAGUCAUCUCGUCAUCCGCCAACUCAGGCGGGUCUUUGUCGUCCAAUGGCGCAGCCCAACCCGACGCUCACGCAACGUCCAAUCUUGCCGCAUCGAUUGCCGCUGCAACAAGCAUGACGACGACAGCGAAAAAGCCCGGCAAGGUGACCCCUUUUAUUGCCCCCAAUGUUGCGCAGCUCCUUGGUGUGACCACUCCUGCUGCUUCUGGCAUGUCCGGUGCUGCACCCGUGCCCGCCUAUUCCAGCAGCUCUUCCGCGGCUGUCCAUUCGACACCCGCGCAGCCCGCCUCGCUUCCGUCGGGCCCGUCUCAUUCUACAACACCUGCAUCCACCAUUCCUGCCGCGUCUGCCUCCCAAGCCCCGAAUUUCAACGACCCGGAAGUGACGCUGCUCGCCCAUCAUCCUCCGCCGCGUCCUGCGCCGCCUGCCCCUUCCGCUCGUUACGAUCCCACCCAUCACAGCAGCACGCCUCCAAGCACGCAGUCGCGGCGAGAAGAGCUCGGAGACAAGUUCAAGAAAAAGUUCUCCUCUGAAUUGCGUGUGCUUAGCGCCUUCAAGGACCGCGUUGGUGACGGCAUUGGCGAGAUUUUGCACAAAAAGUAG